UUAAUGAGUCCGCGAUAGGGCUACAUGGGGAUGUGUUCAUUGAAUUGGUUCAAGUAUGCGCUGUAUGGUAGACGUUACGGUAUCAGAUCUUUAUACAGCGCCAUAAUUUAAUCCAAAUUAUUAUGGAAGUUGACACUGCGACUGAAAUUCCAAUUGUUACGGAGAAUCCGACAGAUGCUUCUAUGGAAGAACCUGGUGUCUCAGUGGCAGAUGCAAUAAUACAACAAUCAGUAGAAGAUGAAUCUGCUGUUUCUGAUACCCGGAUAGCAAUGCUUGGCCAAUCAGAUGGUCAGGAGCCAAUGGACAUACUUGAGAACCAGAAUCAACUCACCAACAAUGAUGCAUUGACAGAUGAAAUCCAACAUGAAGAGAUAGCAGAACAGAAUGAACAAGCUGUGAUAGAACCUGCUAAACAAUCCAGCGAUUUUAAUCUGGGUGUUCCUGGGCUCAACUUUUCUCCAAACAAUGUAAAGACAGCAAAUGAUGGUACUAAGAUGGUUCAGAUUCAUCAGUCUCAAAUUACGCCAGAACAGCUUGUAGCAUUGCAAAAUAAUCCUAAUAUCAAGGUUGUAUUUCGACACGUUCCUUCAGGGAAAAGUUAUACCAAACCUCCUCGUCAUUUGCUACCUCCCGGAUACUCAGAACCGAUCAGAAAGCGUAAAGCGGUUUAUACUGAGAAAGAAUUGGGAUCUGAUGAUGUUUAUAGCUUUGAUGAAGGGGUCGACACUGCUGUACCAAUAAAAAUGAUGAAAACUAAUGAUAACAGGGCGAGAUACAACUAUGGAGGAUCAGCUAAGGGGAAGAAGGGACGACCACGAGUUGUACCUGAUGCUGCUACUUACUCAUCUAUGUAUUUGAAACCACUAAAACAAUCUAAUCUUCCAGCUAAAGUUAUUCUCACUGAUUUACUUGGAAGGAUCAAUAGUCCCAAUGCCAAAAAAGAGGUAAAGCUUCACACAUCCCAGAUCAAUGCUGAAGUACUAGCAAAUAUGGAUCUAAAUCCCUAUUACAAAAUAGUUUUGACAACUAAACAAGAACUUCCUCCUCUGGUUAUCGAAGACGUCAGUACAGAAGAAAAAGAAAGAUUGGAAAAGGAAGCGGAACGUGUUAGGAAGGAAGAGGAAGAAAAAUUAAAAGCAGAGGCGGAAUCAAAAAAAGGGCAAGAGGCUGCGAAAGAAAAGGAAGAAGAGGAAAAAGUGGCAGAGACCAUUGAUGAAAAAAUGGAGCAAGAGGAAGAGGAAAAAAGGAUUGCAGAAGAAAAGGAUAAAGAAAGAAAACAGAAAGAAGCUGAACGUCUGAAAAAAAUGAAAGAAGAGGAAGAAGAAUUGUUAAAAUCAGUCAUGCAAACGCAAACUUCAAGAUCAGGAAGAGUAAGAAAACCAUCAAGGUUCUCUCUUGAUAUUGCUCGUCUUACAAAACGAAAGAGUGUUGGGGUGAGUGGAGAGACUUCCACAGAUGAUAGCGAGCAAGAACCUCAAAAGCCUGCAACUCCAAGGUCGGCAAAGAAAACGCCAGGCAGAAAGUCAAAGGUUGCUUCAGAACCAGAGACAGAGCCUGAAUCAACACCUAAGAGAGAGAAAACGCCAGGCAAGAAGUCGGAGGAUACUCCAGAACCACAGCCCGAACCAUCACCAAAGAGAGAGACCAGGCGUUCUAGGAAAAGCGUCGAUCCUAAAAAGGAUAGUAAUGAUAAUAAAGACUCUGACAAAGAUGAUGAAAGUGCCAAAAAAGGAAAGAAGGCUGAUACUCCGAAAAAAGGGAAAAAAUCAGAUGUUCAAAAGGGAGAAAAUGAUACAGAGAAAGACGAUAAAGAAACUGAAAAAGAUGCUGAUGACACAAAAGAAUCUGGAGAAGAUCCAGAGGAAAAGGCAAAUGAAACUACAGACAAUAAAGAACAGGAAGCCAUUGAAUCGGAAAAGGAAGAAAAAACUACAGACAAGAAAGAACAGGAAGCCACUGAAUCGGAAAAGGAAAUAACUAGUACAGAAAAUGUUGAACCUAUUAAGAUAGAGACUGACGACGUUCCUGAUAACACAGAAAGGAAGAAGGAUGAUGAUGUAGUUUCUGCUGAACCAGAUACAUCAACAGAUGCUACAGAGACUCCAGCUAUAGAACAGAAAACCGAAGAUCCUAAAGCAAUGGAGGUCGAUGAAUCGUCAGAAUUGAAAAUAGAGGAGGAGGAAGAAGAAGAAGUAAUAGACAAUCGAUAUAGACUAAGAAAAUUAUUAGAACAGUGUUCAGCAGAAGAAAUCAGAAGUGUGAUGCUUCCCGAAGCUUUUGAAUCUAUCAAUAUGGGAGAUUUCUUGCUUUAUAAGUCUGGUCAAAUGAAUAAUGACAGUGGAAAAAUAAGUUUUCCUCAAUUAUACAAGCAAUUUGAAACACUGCAUAAAGCUGCGACAAAAGAAGCAACGAGAUAUAAUACGUUGGUCGGAAGAGCAAAUAAAAUAGGCGGAGACAAAAGAAUGGAAAAAAUUGUGCUAAUGCCUGUAUACAAUAUGAAUGCUGCUAACUCACUGGAGAUCAGUAAUUCAAGCAUUGAUGCUCACAUAUGUGGGAUUCAGAAAACAGUAACGACACAAAUGAUCGCAGCCAACUCAUUUUUUAUCAAGUCGAAAAUGGAAACACCUAAAAUAAGAUUAAGACUUCCAGAAGCUACUGCACCGAAACCUGUGAAACAAAAACAGAGACGCCCAUUGUUCACCAACCAUCAUCAACAAAGAUUUGUGACGAAUCAGAGGCAAAUUGAACCAGACAGCACAACUCCUGAUAAACCGAACAGAGCAUCAAAUCAUAUACAGAAGGCUAGAUACAAUCAUAGUAAUACGAAUGGAAUACAGGCUCGAAAACUAGCUUACCUCGAUCAGUCCAAAACAACAGGUCAGAUUUCAUCGACUGGACAAAAUCACAUGGACAGUACAACAUCUUCAACAUUGACUGGAAAUACUUUCCAAAUACCAGUAGAGUCCACUAGUAUCUUAAAAGCAGAUGCGCAGACUUUGCAGAUGUCAUCAGCAUCUUCUGUCUUGGAACAAUUUCAAGCCACAGUGAACGCACAUCAACAAAGUAUUGUAUCCACAACUGAAAACUCCUCCCAUGCCGUUCCCGAAUCUAUCUCACUAAAUCCAUCUACUGGGGAGAUAUUAUCUUCUGCAAAUGACACUGCAAGCACUAACACGGUGUCAGAAACUACGACUGCACAAACUGAACAAUAUUUUGUUGCAGAAGAUGGUGUUCCUGUUUCUGAGGCCUCUAUUACUGAAGGUGCAGCUGGUGAAGCCGGGAAGCAACUUGUACCUCUUGGCGAUGGACAAUAUGUUGAACUACCAGAAGGAUACAGUUUAAUCCAAACUGAUGAAGGUUACAUCAUAGGCCAACCAGGAAGCACUUUCACACAGGGAGAGGAUGGAAACGUUUAUGUUACAAACAGUGAUGGCACUACAUCAGAAAUUACACAAGAGCAGGAUGUUGCAGCCGGAGGUGAAGGUGUGAAUGUGGUCGAUCAACUUGCAGAAGGAUGAUUUCAGCAAUUUCACUUAUCGAUCAAAAUAGUAUGUUGGGUGACAGCCAAGGAUAAACUAUGUGCCUGCAAUCGACUAUUUAUCAAUGAAUUACAUCCAUGUUGUAGUACGAGAAAUUAACGAAUGAAGACCAUUUUUGAUGCAGGAUCAUCUGCUGUCAUAUACUUGAACUUAGUGAUAAUAAGAUGAUGAUCUGAGACCUGAAUUAUUUUCAUACAAAUGUAUCAGGCCAUGUUUCUCACACAGUAAAUGAUGGCAAUAGUUAUAUUCCGUAAUGUCAUAUCAUAUGAUUUUGGUCAUGGAACAGGACAUUGAUCGCAUGUCUUUUUAUUUUUAGAGUUUGAGUCGUUUUUUAAUCGAUUUUUUUUAAUCAUAUCAGGUUAUCAUGAAUUGAAUAUCAAAUGUGUAAUAGCAAAGGUCCCCAUUCUCAUUGACAAAUGCAGAGAAUUCUCACAAGUUACUUAUCAUGACCAUUAUAAAAAAUCGGCGGUAAAAACAUUAAAACGAUAUAAAUCUGCAUGUCCCAUACUCAGAGAUUUCAGUUAAAGCAAAAUUGAAAAAUUGCGCUCCUAGAGAAGGAGUUUUCAUAUAACUCCGAUGCCAACAAAAACAUUAAAUAAUUCUAAAAUCUUUCAUGAAGGUACGUUUUCAUGUUAAUGGGACCUUUCCUCCUAGUUCGUUUUGGCUACUUAAUUAAACACUUAUGAUAUUCUUUCCAAACUAUGAACAAUUUCAAAACAAUGUCAUGAACCCAGAUUUAGUCAUUGAGUAUAGUAGAAAUAUUUGCCAGUUAAAUUUCUACUGUUGCUUAUGAGAGUAUAAUAGACAGUGAAUAUUGGUGUAAGAUGGUUAGCGCAAAUAGUUUAUUUUGACCGACCAUUCUAGCUUUAUUUGCCCCAAACUAACUUGACUUAUCGCAAAGUGUGAAUAUAUCAUGCUGCCUGAAUUAUUUUCAAAUGAGGUCAAUCAUUUGAGUUAAUCUGCCACAUAAUAUAUAUAUAUUGAAAGUGAGGUAUCAUUGUUUUAAUGGUUUCGUUUUUGGAACUUGAACUGAUUCACCAUGUCCUGGUUGUAUAAAGUUGUGUUUAGUUGCAUUUUUUCUUAAUUUUCACCAUGUGUAUUAAAUAAACAAGUUGUAUGUUUUCAGACAAGAAAAUGCC